AUGAUCCAAUCCAGUCCGUACUAUCCUCAAUCAAAUGAUCAGGCAGAAGCUAGCAACAAGAUCCUGGUCAACAUUAUCAAAAGGAUGGUGAUGGAUAGUCCAGAAAGAUGGCAUGAGAAUCUGGGAAACACUUUGUGGGCAUACAGAACUUCUAAGAGAGCAGGAACAGGGACAACUCCUUAUGCUUUAACUUUCGGGCAGGAUGCAGUGCUCCCCGUGGAAAUCAAUAUUCAAGAAGGGAAACGAGCUGUUGCUCGAGCUUACAACAAGAAGGUGAAGAUGAAAUCUUUCAAGGAAGGGGAUUUAGUAUGGAAGACAAUCCUCCCUCUAAGAGCUCAGCUCAGGGGUUUUGGAAAAUGGAGCCCGACAUGGGAAGGUCCUUUCAUUAUUGGUCGUGUUCUAGAUAGAGGGGGAUACUACCUGGCGGACCUUGAAGGAAACAAGCAUAAACAUCCAAGAGGAUGCGAUGUCAGAGAUUGUUAUAUCGAAGAGGAUGCGAAGUAA